AUGGACCACAGAGAGACCGAAACAGCCACCGUCUUCUCAAAUACAAACAGGUCAACGUUUUAUUGUCCACGUGGUCCACAGUUAGUGUGGGAGGUGAGUGAAACCAUUUCGCCUUGGGUUGUGGCCUCUCUCGCUUCUAUAAUCUCACCUGCUGCAGUUCUUUUAAACGUGUCAGUAAUCAUAGCAGUAAAGAAAAGGAAAGAAUUGCAGAAACUUUCCAAUAUUCUGUUGUUAAAUCUGGCCGUUACGGACCUUGUAACCGGUGGUAUAUGUGUGCCGUUGUCUGCUUCAGAAGGAUUCUUUCUUGUCUAUCAAAUACUGACUGAACAAAAUAUUUGCACGUUAGAUGAGGUAACUUCCUUGUCCACAUUCACUCUGACAUUUUGUUCCCUUUUCCACCUGGCACUGGUUGCAUGGGAGAGGUACGUGGCCAUUCAAAAAUGGAGGGAAUACAGAGUUAUAGUUACUAAAGGCCGCCUGAAAAAACUUGCAACGAUAGCGUGGAUUUUAGCAACAGUGUUCGUAUGGAGCCCAAACCUCAUUGUUAUAGAGGUCGGUGGGGAUGAGAAUAAUAUUGUCCAACAGAUUAUGUUGACCAUUCCAGCUGUUUCAAUACUUUGUAUUCUAGCACUCAUCGUAUAUUUUUACCUCAUGAUAUACCGUGAAGUUCGCAAACGCAAAUUCAAUAAAAUAAUUCCUCAGGUCAGCCAGUUAAUGACAAUGAAAAUGGAAAACAGGGUUGCUAAGACAACUGCUUUGGUUACAGCGGCACUGAUUCUUUCCUUCGUUCCUGUUGUUUCUGUCGCUUUUCUGGCUGACGUUUUCCCCAUUCUUCAUAAAAUGUCAUCAUGGCGAGUAGCGGAGGCACUGGUGCUUUCAAAUUCUGUGGUUAAUCCACUCAUUUACUGCUACAGAGACUGCCGUUUUAGAAACGCCUUGCUCGAGAUUUUGAAGAUUAAAAAACCUCAAGCAAAUAAUACAGGGUACGUAGUGCGAUUCACCAGACGAAAAGAUGUGCGUGGUGCCGUGAGAGAUAAUGAGCAGAUACAAAAAGUAGAGAACCUUGUUCGUCUGAAAAGAUCAGUAUCGUGUAAUUUUCCGAAAAUGUUAGAACUUACUCCUAUCAAUUCUAGUGAAACGACUUUAAAAAGAACCGUGUCAGCUCCGAUGAUCCUCCUACGUAACGGUGUUGACUAUUAA